AUGACGAAAGCGGUUUUGCUGGUGGCUCUCUGCUUUUUACCGAUCCUAGCCAUGGCGAUUCGGCCGAACAAGAACCCGUUCGUCGUACGAGGCCGUGUCUAUUGCGAUACUUGCCUUGCUGGUUUCGAAACUUCUGCAUCUACUUACAUCCCUGGUGCGGUGGUGAGAUUGGAAUGCAAGGACAGGACAACAAUGGACUUAAAGUACAGCCACGAGGCGAAAACCGAUUCGACAGGAUCAUACAAGAUCUUGGUUAGCGAGGACCAUGAGGAUCAGUUCUGUGAUACAAUGUUGGUUAGUAGCUCUCAAUUACGAUGCUCCAAUGUCUCCCCUGGCCAUGACCGUGCCCGUGUGACCCUCACUCGUUUUAACGGCAUUGCUUCGGACGAACGUUUUGCGAACAACUUAGGAUUUCUAAGAGAUGCAGCAUCACCAGGUUGUGCGAAGAUCAUGAAGCAAUACCAAGAAACCGAGGACUAG